AUGGCCACACAAUACGAAGGCAAGUUUUCUACCUCUCCCCCUCCAUCCCACCCAAAUCUAACACUUGACCCAACAGUCGAACACAACGUCCAACUCACAGAACCCCAAUCCCGCUCCCGCCGAAUAAACAUGGACUCCUUCUUCUCCCUCCUCAACCGCGUCAGCGACUCCGGCACCGCCACGCCGCACAACAACCCGCACGCAACACCCACCCUCCCCGACAUGGCCAACAUCUUCCGCCUCCUCCAAGACCAGAUGCAGACCCUGGCGACCACGGCGCCCACCACCGAGAACCGCACGUUCCUCAUGGAGCUGGUGGACGUGCUGGACCAGGAUAUCCUCGACCCGCCAGACCGGCUGCAGGGCGUGGGUCAGGAGUUUUUGGACUCGUUGGACCGCGUGAGCAGGAAGAAGCUGGGCGAGGAGGACGACUGUGCGAUUUGCAAGAUUCCGUAUCUGGAGGACAAGUAUUGUCUGGUGGUGGAGUUGCCGUGCAAGGGGGCGCAUCAGUUUGACUUGGAGUGCGUGGGACCGUGGUUGAGGAGUAAGGGGACGUGUCCGAUGUGUAGGGAGGAAAUGGGGAAGAAGAAGAAGGUUGUUGUGGAGGAGGAUGAAGAGGAGGAUGAUAUGGAUAUGAUUUAUGCCUAG